UCCUCUGGCUGUGUCUCCUCCGUAUGUUCUUGUGGCAGUGGAGUAGCAAUUUAUACAGAUGUGAUGCUAAUAUUCCUCCCAAAAGUCAGAAUUGUGUGGCUAAGGAUCAGCAGCAGCAGCAGCUUAGUGCAUUCUCUGGUGUUGAUCGCUUCAUGCAUUGUGUGGAUCCGAGUGAAGCCCUCCAAGAGAGACGACAGAGAAGCCCUCCGCUGUUCACGUUCGUAUCAGUCUAUCCGCCUGAUGGCAGCUACUCCACUUCCUCUUCGCUGUCGCCUUCCUCCUCCUCCUCCUCCAACUCCUCAGAGAAGGAGAGCCAUCUCGUCUGAUCGUCUUGCGGCUACUGCCACAGGAACAACCAGCACUCGGCUUCAUCAACUCGGCGGCCGUGGACAGCCUCCGACGAGGGUGAACGCUGUCGGAGUAACCGAUCUGGCCCCUGUUGAGAUCACCUGGCAGAUCGCCGUCGGCGCAUUAGCUGGAAUUACACCCUUCGUGGUUGCAGGGAUCGAGUUCAGCAAGAGAAUCAUAGCACAAAGAAAAUGUGAAGUUUGUGCAGGCUCUGGUCUUGUUCUUCUUAAGGACAAGAGCUAUGUCCGAUGUCCUGGCUGUGGUGGAUUUCUCCCAUGGCAGUCUUGGAAAAGAUUCUUCACAGGAUAGAGAGUGAUGGAGCAAACAUCUCUCUCUCUCUCUCUCUCUCUCUCUCUCUCUCUCUCUCUAAUGUCAUAUAUAGAAUAACUCAUGUUGCUAUUGUCCUUCUUUAUACACCAAUUAGACUAAUAAGCCAACAAAGCUGGUGGUGUACGAGGCUUUCGCUAAUAUUUGUAUAAACAUUAAAACAGUCAGAUGGUGUAUAUUAAGUUUGUCUACAUUCUAAUAGUUUAUCUUAAACUUUUA